AUGGAACCAAGUGUUCGCAUCAUCAGCGAGUUAGACAGUUUAGCCAGAGGAACUUGGCUAGUAGAGGAUGACAGAGUCGGCACACAUCCCGAAAAGACUUUUUCAGGCCGUAAAGUCAGCGUCGGCGAGGCUCUCCUGGUCCAAGUACAGACCAGAUCCCUACCCGCAUUGCGGCAGCGCCUCACCGGCCUAGUGACAGCAUUCGGUCUAGAUGUUGUGAGGAUGGGCAGGUAUGCCAAACCGAAAUUCGACGAUGCCCUAGAGAUCACACCUCAACUGGUUCCCAUCUUGACUCUAAUCCAAGAAUCCAUCAUCGCCCUCGCUCCCGCUGUUAUUGACGGAUUCCCAUGUCCCAGCAAGAUAGACCAUGACUACGGCUUCGUGAAAAGAUUCAGGUGUCUGGGUCUUGCAGAGAAAUUUGCAGUCUUGAUCCCCAAACUCCGCACUUUGUUUAUCUAUUUCUCGGACUUGGCUCAACUUUUGAAUGAUAUCAACAAUCGUCCGGCCGACUUCGAACCCGAUUAUGAUGAAGACCUCGUUGUGUAUCACGCUUCAUUAGACGUAACGGAAUUGGCGGAGCAGUCAUGCAAACUGAUCGAUGAUAUGAUCAGAUGGUCCCAACAAUCCGAUUUUGGCAUUCUCCAGGAGAAUUGGAAGCAACAGUCCGACCUGCUCUUUAAAGUUCUCAACAGGGUAACCAGUCAUAUUUAUGACACUGUCAACUACAAAGAGCCAGAGGUCCCAAUGGAUGAGGACGCAGCACUUGAGGAGGACGCACGAUUUGAGGAGGACGCGCGAUUUCCGGAGGACGCACGAUUUGAUGAGGAUGGAUCCGAAGAGAACAGCGAACGGGGUGAAGCUGUGGAUGACGAUCGAUCUAUAAUUGACUAUGAUCAAUUAUCGAUCUUCAUACGCCUCAACCAAGACCUCUUUCCACAUAUCCACCGCUCUACAGUACUUCUCAGACUAGGCAGAAUAUUCUUUCUUAAAUUGUUGAACACCCCCAGAAGUAAACCACCCUUUACGCUCAAUCCUCGCCUGAGCUCCCACGACUGGGUGUGUUUGAAAGAGGUUACAAAAGAUAUUGAUAGCUGUAUCUUCAAUAUCGUCGAAGCCGUCGUCUAUGCUGAAAAUCUAGAUGAUAUAAAUCUCGAAGACGUUUCUGCGUUUGCCAAGGAGUUAUUGCAUCGUCUUGAUUCCUCGAUGGCUCUUUUAGCAUUUUCCCUUUAUCCUAUUCCUUCUCGAAUUGAUUCUCCUCGCCCUGACAGUCUUUUCAAAUCGUGGUUCUUUGAUGUGCGAGCUCAAUUCUCAGUGGCUCUAGACAACUUGCUACAAGGUUUAAACAUCAAUCGAGAUGCUUAA